GCUCCAAGUAUGGAUAACGUCAAUGUCUGACAAUUCUAGCGCUGGCGCCUUCGGCCUUUAAAACGAUGGACGCCGUGCCCGUCCAUUGAGGCGAAUUCCAGUCUUUCUGCACUCAGCCGGUCAUCAAUCGCUCUGCCCAACCCGACAAGUCACGCGUCGCACCUCGCAUCCAAAAACCAAAAAAACCAUUCCCGUUCAUUCAGGACUCUUUUUUUUUCUUCCAAACGCAAUAAUGGUUUCCGCACUCCCCAUCGCUGGCCUUUUGGUCGCUGCCGUCGCGGCCCAGACUCCCGAUGCGUCCCUCGCGCCCCCGACGUCGUGCGCCCCGGGUGUGCAGAUCUUUGCCGCCCGCGGCACGACCGAGGCUCCUGGCGUUGGCAAGAUCCAGACCGUCGCCGGCAACGUGACCGCUGCCAUUCCCGGCAGCGCCGUCACGGCCGUCGACUACCCUGCCACCUUUGAUGACUACGCGCAGAGUGUGGCCACCGGCAGCAGCGACCUUGGCCAGCUCGUCAAGGACUACGUCAAGAUGUGCCCCGACAGCAAGGUCGCCCUGCUCGGCUACUCCCAGGGUGCUCAGGCCGUUGCCGAUCUCAUCUGCGGUGCUAGCAGUGAGCUGAUGCCCGUCAAGACGGCUGAUCUCGAUUCUAUCUACGACAAGAACAUCAUCGCCAUGAUCCUUUUCGGCGACCCAACCCGUGCCGCCAACCAGUCGUUCAACCUUGGCACCGUGACUGACCGUGAUGGUCUCUUCCCGCGUCUCAAGAACGACGCCUGCGAGCCCUACUCCCCUCGCCUCCGGUCGUGGUGCGACGUCGCUGACCGCUACUGCGACCCCUCCGCCCCUGGCGGUAUCGACACCACGGUCCACGGCACCUACUUCAACAAGUACACCCAGGCCGCCAAGGACUUCAUCGUCGAGCAGUGGCAGCUGAGCCAAAAGUCCCUGCCCCCUAGGAGCUCCAUCGGCAGCGCCCAGCCCACUGGCACGGCCAACGGCACCCACCCCGCCCAUCCCACCGGUGCUCCCGUGCCUACCAGCACCACUCCCGUCGCUGCCGGUGCUUCGAGGACCGGUGCCGCCGCAUUUGGCGCCAUCCUCAUGGCUGGUGUCGCUGCGUUCCUCGCAUAGAGUGGGAGGGGGCUAAUUUUGCACGUUGGAUUGGAAAAUCCACAGAGACGUUUUUUUGGAUAUGAACCCCUCGGCUUGAGGGUACGGUCUUGUCAGCACUUACUGCAUGGUUCGGCGUCGCUUGCAUUUGAUCAACAAAUAGUACAUAGCACUACGAUGAUAAACUUAAUUAAUACCUGGUGAAGCUGGUGUGUAUAUACACCUGUUAAUUUCAUGCGACUUUUGCCCGA